AUGCGCCUCCGUGCCGCCGCCGCCGCCCUUUGCCUCUGCCUGCUGGGCGCCUGCCGCCUCCGCCGCGGGCCGCAGGCCGCCGCCGCUCCCCAGCGACCCCCGGCAGCCGCGCCUUCCUCCUCCUCCGCCUCCUCCUCCUCCUCCUCCGCCGCCGCCGCCUCCCCCUUCUCCUCCCCGCCGCGGAGGGACGGGGCGCUCCGCAACGGCACGGUGGUGCCGCACCGCUACAUGGUGACCCUCUAUCAGCGCUUGGCCGCCCGACGAGGCUCGGCCGCCCGCCCCGUCGGAACCGUCACCGGCUUCGUGGAGCGGCUGCGGGGCGAUUCCUCCCCGUCCGCCCCCGAGCAGCGCUACCUCUUCGACAUCUCCAGCCUACCCGAGGCGGAGGAAGUGACAGGCGCGGAGCUGCGGGUCCUGCGCUCCCUCCCUGCAAACCUCAGCCUGGCUCUGUCCCCCGAAGGCACCUUCCACCACCUGCUCCUCUCCACCUGCUCCGGCCCCGCUGGUGAGGAGCCCCGGCUGCUGGACUCCAGGGCGGCCGAUGUUCUGGAUGCAGGUUCCAGAUGGGAGGUUUUUGACGUCUGGGAAGCGCUGCGAGACCGGAGGGAGAGGCCCCCCCCAGGCAAACUUCUGUGCUUCGUGCUGAGGGUGGUGUCGGAUCGCUCGGGCCAUCUCCUGCCCCCCCGGCAGCUGGGAUUCGGCAAACCCCAUCCGCAGCCCCACGAGAGAGCGUUGCUCGUGGCCUUCUCCCGCACCCAGAGGAAGGAAAACCUCUUCAAGGAGAUCCGGGAGAGGAUGAAGGUGCUGGGUGGUCCCCCCCUGCUGGAGCCCCCUGAUCCCGGCCGGGAGGUUUACCCCAAACGGAGGAAGAGGAGGACCACCAUCGCUGCCCGCUCUGGAGGCAAAGGCCAUGGGAAGAAGGCGAAGACGCGCUGCAGCAGGAAACCCCUACACGUCAACUUCAAGGAGCUGGGCUGGGACGACUGGAUCAUCGCCCCGCUGGAUUACGAGGCGUAUCACUGCGAGGGGGUCUGUGACUUCCCCCUGCGCUCCCACCUGGAGCCCACCAACCACGCCAUCAUCCAGACCCUGAUGAACUCCAUGGACCCGGAGUCCACUCCCCCAAGCUGCUGCGUGCCCUCCAAGCUCAGCCCCAUCAGCAUCCUCUACAUAGACUCUGGGAACAACGUGGUGUACAAACAGUAUGAGGACAUGGUGGUGGAGACGUGCGGCUGCAGGUAGCAAUUUCUGCAGCUCUUCCCUGUCCCAUCAUACCCCAUUUUAUAUAUAAAUAUAUAUAUAAUAUAUAUAUAUAUAUACAUACACAUUUUGGUGUGUGCCUUUCCAAGAACCCCCUGCCCCCAGGGGCUGCCCUGCAGGGAUGGGGAAACCCUCUAUGCUCUUUGCUCAAAGGUUUGGGGCUCUCUGCAUUGCUCUUGAGUUGGGGCAGCUGGAGCUUUUCUUUCUGCACAUAAGGACACCUCUUCAGAGCAUCUGGGGAGAAGCAGAGUUCCGAGCUCCCCAGGGAAGAGCUGCUUUACUUGGGUUCUUUUCCCCCAAAUAAUUGCUAUAAAAAGUCCAGGCUCUGCUCCACCUCCCUUUGGCAGCAGCUCCAUUCCUCCCUGCCUACCCUAAGGGAGCCUGCAUCCUCUGGGCAGAGACAUUUAACUCGCAAAGAGCAGAGCUGAGAGGGCUGCAAGUUGUUAGGAAAUGGGCUUAAACAGUGCCUUGAACCCCAAGAAGCCUGGCAUCAAUUGUGGGAUGCUGUCAGGUGGCUUUCUGUACCAAGCAGCUUUGUGGCUCUGCUUGUGUCAGGGAUGAGAUUGGUUUUUGUUAGUGUCCAGGCUGUUGCCUUAUAAAUAUCAGAGAUUUCUGAACAGAGGGCAGGAAUCCUCCCAGCCCCAGACCAAUUUCUUGGGCAGGAGGGAGCAUCCAGCUCUCACCCAAGCAGCCCCCACUGGGGCAAUAUGACAUCAGGAGGGCUCCCACCUUGCGUAUCACAGCAGAGAGGUACCCCCGGGACAAUCCCAGUGUCUCCCCAUUCUCACCCCCAGGGCUCCAGCAAACCUCAUCCAACAUCCCUAACAAACAGCUCUCGUCCCAUACCCUUAGCACAGGCAUCACUCAGAGUGAGGGGAUGUGGGCACCACGGCAUUCCUGAACCUGCCAUGCUUCCAUGUGCCUGGCAGUUCAAUCACUGAUGGUCUUCACGUAGCUUUCCUCACUGCUGAUUUUUAUAGUGUUUUCACUUUUUAAAUUCUUUCCUCCAAAUAUUUGCAGUGGAGGUUUGUGGGCAGUUCAGUAUUUAUAUAUACAUACAGCUCCCGACAGCCCCACAAGUGGCCUCAGGCCCCUUCUUGCAGGACACAAAACCAUGUCCACAUUGGUGCCCCAGGGAGCAAAGUUCUGGCUUGGUCACUGCAGGUUUGCAGCCUGGAUCACUGCAGUAAGGGAAAAUGGGGAGGUCUGGGAAGAGCACAGUGGCUGCUGCUGGCGGCGGUGCUGUCUGUGGAUUUGCCCAUGUGGGAAUGAAUUGCCUCUCUCCCCAUUGGGCACCUCUGUUUUUUUGGCAGAGAGCUCUUCUUUGGGCAGCCUGAUGUGGGUGGCAGCCCCACUCUUGGCAGGAGAUUGGAAAUAAAUGAUCAUAUGGCCCCCUCCAACCUACGCCAUUCUAUGGCUGUGUAGGCAAGGUUGGCUUCUGCCAGGGGAUGCUCUCUGGGGUAUCACUGCCAAGACCCUCUAAAGGCAUUGAAGCCACCUCAUGAAGUGGUAUUCCUGAUCCAUCUCCUCUCACCUGGGCUGAUUUCUGAGCAGUAUAAAUAGGAGACGAGAGGCUGAAAGCGGACAAAGGUGGAUUCAGUGGACUCGGAAUGAUUUGAAUGGAUAAUUACAGGUUCCCAACCUGCAGUAUUUAUACAGCCUUUCCAGGAAAAAAAAAAAAAAAAAAAGAGAGAGGGGAAAAAAAAAAAGAAAACUGAAACAGUUUCCAUGCAGAGUUAUGUUCUCCUGGAGGAUUUGUCUGACCUUCAGCACCAUUUUUAUCUGCGGGAUGUAAUUACAGCAAAGCUAGAAAUAGCGAGCAUCUGGAAAGGGCCGCGUACCUGCGCUUGGUGCUCCAUCCCCUCCUGGAUGUGGGGGCAGCAAUGGCUCAGGGGCAGGGAAAGCUGCUCAGACCCAAAAAGGCUUUGCCAGCACUGAGCUGGGACUCGGGGUGCGUGGUGAGGCCAAGCCUGGUGUGUGGAGACGGUGUGUAAAACCAGAGCUUGUGCUUCCGGCACCGCUUCACUGCAUCCUGGAGACCACAACCCUCUGGGGUCCCAAAGCAGGGGCAGAUGGAGCGGUGAUGUCCUCCUGGGCUGUUUGCUGAUGCUUGGCACACCCGUGAGGAAAAGUCUGGCAACCCCAAGCUGCCUUCUGCUCAGAGCUGAGCGCCAGCCGCUUCUGCGUGUGUUAACACCAUAUGGAUUUUAGCUCACAUCUCGCUCGUGUGGCUCUCACUGCUGGGGAGAGCAGGGAAGGCAGGCAGUGAUUUAUUGGUCACACGCCCUUUGCAAAGCAAGCAGCCACUUCUGCUGCUGGCAGCUUCAGGCCCCUCUCCCACAGUACCUGAAGUGUGUGUUUAGCGGCAGUCACCCUGCCAGCUCCCCCAGAACCGCAGGCACGGGGAGCUCUCUGCCCCUCCUGUCCUUAAGUGGGUCUCUGGUCUGCAAUAGUGAUGUGUUGUACCAGCCUGGUGCACCUACUGAAUUUUGCCACAAGCUGAUUUAUCUUCUCUGUGACAAAACCAGCUGCAGUCAGCUUUAUGAAGCUCCUUGUGCUUUUAAUGCUUUGCUGCGCACACAAGAAUGUGCAGCGCUCUCUGAUAUUCAUACUGCAUCAACAGUUGUCCUGGAUGUUCAAGAAAUGACCAAAAUCUGGAACUCCUGCUGGUGGAGGAGGACUGACCAAAGAGCUCAUCCUUCAUCCCUGAGGAUGUUUUACAGCCUCCGGAUGCGUAGGCUGUGAUGCUGCUCUCCCUUUUGCUGGUACCACUAUUAGAACAGUCCUCCUGAUUUUGCUGUGUUGGAAGGAGCCUGGGGGAAAGCACAGGCAGGGUGAUGUAUCCAUGUCCAGCUUCUGGCUGAGGCUGCUCAGAGAGGUGGUAGAUGCCCCAUCCCUUGUGACACCCAAGGUCGGGCUGGAUGGGGCUCUAAGCAUUUGAUGGAGCUGUAGGUGCCGCUGUUCAUUGCAGGGGUUUUGGACUAGAUGGCCUUUGAGGGUCCCUUCCAACUCAAAUGAUUCAAUGAUUCUAUGACCAGGGUGGGCAGCAGAGCAUUUUCAAGUACAUUGGUAUUAUGCACCUUUAAACCAAAGCUUGAUCUGUUCCCAGAAAUGACACCAAAUGAAUCUCACCCACUCUUUGGGUUAUUGCUCUUGUUGUCUCCACUCUAGAGUUUGUUCUCACAUUGGUGAGCUUGCUUUUCAGUUUUGAUACGUGUUAUUAUUUUGGCUUUUCAGGAUGAGGAGCUCUGGGAUUUGUGAUGGCUGGGGAACAGAGAGCAAGUUAGGAAGGGAAUCAUACCAUAUCAUAGAAUGGCUUAGGUUGGAGGAUACCUCAAAGCCCAUCCAGUUCCAACUCCUCUGAUGUGGGCUGGUUGUGCCACACCAGAUGAAGCCACUUAGAGACCCAUCCAACCUGACACUGAGUGCCUCCAGAGAGCAUCCACAGAUUCUCUGAGCAGCCUGUUUCUGAAGGCUGAGGCCUACCAGCAUGAGUUGUAGAUAUGGACGAUCCGUGCCAUGGAAGAGGUGAUCGUGCUGGUUUUAUUCACCCCGUGUUCUGUGAGCAGGUUAACCUGUAGGAUUAAAUAGUGCAUAAGUGAAAGAUCUGAGCAUCUGAAGUGCUGUACCUUUGUAAAUCAAGCUCUUUGCCCUGUGGUUUGGGAGCCUGACUCUGAAGGCCUUUCUGUGCAUGGAGGAGCUUCUCUGUGGUGCUCCCCAGUUUAGAUGCAGCCUGGGGCAGUGUCAGUCCUUGUUAAUCCCAUCUGCUAAACUACCACAUAUCUUACCCUUGCCCAUUCUGUUUCUGAGGUCAAGUCAAGACUAUCCAGAGCUCUUUUUGUGACAAAAUGAGCCUCUCUGCUGGUCAGUCAUGGUUUUAUUUAUGUCUUAUUUUCUUUGGUUAGAAAGGAAAGUAUCAGUAAAUGAAAAAGGACUCAAGUUUCCAAUAGCUGUAUCUCUAGUACUUAAUUUCUUUGAAGCAAUACUUGUAUCCCUACGUGUGCCUCUAACCUUUCCAUGUAUUUGUUCAGCUUUGUCAGGUCUGAGCGUGGGAUAUCUCUGAAGAAGAUAGCUCUGUAAGUGAUGGUGUAAAUGCCUUGUUUGUAUGUAUUCUAAAGUCUAAAUAGAUUGUACAUAUUGGAUUGUAAAUGAACUGUAAACAGCAAUCUAUAUUUUCUUGAAUAUAUUAUAUAGCAGUAUAUAUUUGUUAAAUAAGUAUUCUUGUAUACUCUUCAAUAACCUUUUUAAUAUUUUGUACAGAUAAGUUUAUUAAAUAUUUUAUUGAUAAAUAGAUCUUGGCGAUAGUUUUUUCUUUCUAAGACUUGUAUCUGUGUGCCAAAACCAGAUGGCUCAUUUCAGAGUACCUUUACUAAGUCAUUUUGGCUUCCUGGGCUAUUGAAGUUACUGAAGGAAACAGUGAAACUAGGGGGAAACAUGGAGAACUGAUGAUGGAGGUUUGCCUGAAGUACAAGUGAGACACUGGCACAGCUGCCCAGAGAUAUGUGGAUAUCCCAUUGCUGAGGGGUACCCAAGGCCAGGUGGGAUGGGGUCCUGGGCAGCAACCAGCCCACGGCAGGGGGUUGGAACUGGGUGGGCUUUAAGGUCUCCUCCAAACUCCACCAUUCUGUCAUUUCACUUAAUAAAUGAAACACGGUAUUGUUGAGCUGGGGACACGUUGUGUUAAAGUGAGUUUGAUCAAGUACUCAUCAGCCCCUCAUCAUCAAAUGAGGGGCACUCCCCUGAUGCCUCUUCCAUUGUCAGUUGCAUCAAAUGGGAUGGCCAAAAGUCUCCAAUAUCUGACUGGCAAACACUGCACUGCAGGAUGAGUCAGAUGCCUUAGACAACAUUCUGUGUUUCAUUAGCUACUGCAAACUGCUAAGAAACCACAACACAACUGCGUGUUCCUGCAAUACGUGGAAUGGAAAAACCGAGCCCAUUUACUAUCAGCAUAAGCACUUAAAAACAGUCUCCAAUUAGAUGUCCCCCUGCCUAUGCCAUCUGAGCAUGCGUAUUGUUUCAUAACUUCUGUGUGAUGCUACCAAGCAAUGAUUGCUCCUGGCAGCUGGACUGUAUUUCUGAUAUUAUCUUUUGCUUGCAAUAAACCCUCUCAGCUGCUUCAGAAAUCUCUGCUGUUUGUAUAUGGCUCCUGGUCACUUCUAAAUGCUCUCAAGAUUUUUAUGUUGUAGAAAUGCCAGAAAAGAGAAUGUUUACCUGUAAGCGAUGAGCCUCAGCAAUGUACCCAGGUUGGUAGUAUAAGCAUGACCUGUGACAUGGAGUAACAUGGGUCUGGCUGUUAGCUAGACCAAGCACAGGGCUGGGGGGUCGGGGAGUGGAUGCAAAUACAAACACACUGUCUGUAAAACCAAUACCUACAUGAUCUGAGCUGCAGAAAAGAGAUGAUUGCUGUGGCUCAUGUAUGCAAUCUGUCUCCUGUGAGGCAAGAAACUGAUGUUUAGCUUGGAGUCCAGCUCCAAAUUCUUCACCGUAAACACUGGGAAAGCACUCACCCUCCUAAAUGAACAGCCCUUCCUGGCCUGCAUGCACUGUAGCUCAGAGAAGCAAACACUGAAUGGAGGGAGCAAGGGGAGAACACUGUUUUGGAGUGGCUCUGGAUAAAAUGCUUCAGUGUGUCAAGUGCCUCCCACCCACCCACUGACUUCCUGUGAGUUUGGACACCUAAAUGGCUUUGGCAAGUAUUUUGUUAAGUUGUAUUUUUGUAAAUGUAAUGAGGGUGGUAAAUGGCUAACCAAAUUAUUAAAGACUUGACUUAUAUUUUACAACAAAUGUCUUUAUUUUUCUUACUGGAUUUGUGUACUUAUCACAAAAGGUAUUGAUCUAGCAAAACACGAGCAUGAGUCCAAGUCAUUGCAGCUAGCAGGGUUUACUCACGUGGUGACAAAGCACAAAAGUGUGAACGACACAGAUCAGAUGCUACUGCAUACGGUCAAUGCGUGUGUGAUAGGAUUCCCAGUAACUCUAAAAUAGCCUAAAACAGGCAGAUUACACUGUGUUUUUAUGGCAAGUUGGCGCAUCUGGACCACAAGCACUUCUGACGCUCUUUGCCUCGGGUCAUGGCAAACACCACUGGAUUCCCAUCGUGUGAGAUCUACUGCUCUUAGGAAACACAGCUGUGACAAUCAGAUCCAUGCUUUUCUGUUUUUUGCAAUGAACAGAAUAACAAAUUUUCCUUGCCUUAUGGUAACGGCUUUGAGGAGGAAGGACGCAAUUGGAUUGCUACGGUUUCAACCAUCUCAGAGAAAAUUCCUUUAAGAAAAUAGUAAGGCAUUAUCCUGCAGUAGGUCUGGUCAUCAUUGACCAGGUCUCAUCUCAGUUUAGGUCUUAAUGCAGUCAGUAGGAUUUAUAAUAGAUUAGCAUUUGUAUAAAAGGAAUACACAAGUAUUGCUAAAUUAAUUGCUCAUACAAAGUAUACGAAGAAUGCACUGUAAACAACUGCCUCUGAUAGGUACUUCAGUUCCCAGGCUGUAAUAGCUGCUUGUCAUCUUUGGUUAAUGCAAGACUUUUUCUGUCCUCAGAAGAUCCACUACAACAGCUGUAUUUUUAGACUGAUUCCUUGCACAAUUCCUGAUUCCAUGUACCGCAAAGAACAAAUGUUUUCUCCAACAGUAUCAACGUGUAAAUCAAAAUGACCAAACUGACUGUAUUCCUUCUGUUGCCAACCUGCACACGUGUGUUACGCAUGUGUAUAAACACGUAUACACACACAUUUAGAUGCAAACACACAUCCUCACUCUGCCACAGGGAGCACCCAGGCCAGCUGAUGCACUUUGCACCUGUCAUUAUGAAGGACACUCAAGAAGACUGCACGCCAACAUCUGGGGGCUGCUAGAACAGACACACAGAUACACAAGAACUGUGGAUUUCCAAAGUGAGCACAGGAACUAUCUCAAUCACCACUGACUACGAGCCUCUGGAAAGAAGGAACUUUCCAGGGCUCCCCACUAACCUGAAUCAGUUGCACAGGCACAGAUCCUUCACUUUGGACACACUGAUUGGGGUCUCAGCAUUUCUGCCCCAAACAUCACUACCUGUUUCGUUAUGUGGCAGUGUAAUCUGAAAAGCCACUGGCUGGUCUCCAAAGGCAAACUGCAGAAAAGGGCACUUAAAUCCACAGGCUGUCAGCAGGUUUGAAAAUUGGUCCACAAUAUCCAGAAACUGAAUUCUACAAAUUGCUCUAAAUAACAGUAAAAGAGUUAAGUGGGAUCUAGAGAGAAGUGGAUGGUGUGUAUACAGUAGUGCAAGAUAAGCUAGGAGUUAAUCAUUCAGUCCUACAGCAUCAGAGAAUGCUCUCUAGCACCGUUCUCAGUAGUGCCACAUUAAUGCUGCUAAUUACUUGUGCAAGGUAGAUACUUCAUGCAUUAUCUGAAUUCAUUUGGUUGCUAGGGCAGGACUUCCUGUGACUAUGUUCUGUAGUGUUUCUGUUUAUUUAUCUCUUUAUAAAUGUCUCUAGGGACUCUACAGGGAGACUAUUUCACAGGUUCACAGCUAGAAAGCCUUUCCUGAUUGCACUUGGCUCCAUUCCCCUUACUUACGCUGUUUUCAUUUCUAGCUUUAGGCUUUAACCUCUUGUAUUAUCACAACUUGUAUUAUCACAGCUCAUAGGAUAUUUCUGCAUAUUUUUCCCCCCUAUCUGUAGAGGAGAGGGAUGAAGAAAUGUAAGGAAGAGCAUACUUGUCAACAGUGUGCUACAGAUGGGAUCUGGUCCUAAAUACUAACAUUUCAUGCACUUCCAUGGGUGCGACAAUGGCAGAACAGCCAUUUUCUCACUUAUCUAAUCCGUGCCUUGGCAGAAAAAAUCAUGCUUCAGUCCUUAGAGCAAAGAACUGAAAUUUACGCAUGCAUCAAAAGUGAUUUAAUUCUUCAAAAUUGCUGAGCAAACACUGUUCUCAUGGGUUUCAUUAUAAGAAUGACAGCUCAGAGAGCCUGGGCACUUACAAGUAGUUACACAUGGAUUCUGAAUCGACUUCAACCUUGUAGCACUGGCAUUUGUGACAAGGGUCCUUUACUUUCUUUACAAUCACAAAAUGAACCAAAGGCUCCAAAUAUCUUCCCCAGCUGAGCAGCCACACUUACCCUAUGUUAAGCUUAACACACUGUGGAGUUCUGGUAGUACUCUGAACCCCACUUGGAGGAUCUUGUCUUCACCUCAUCUUCACAUCUCCCUCAUAAAAACCCCAGCCUCGGCCUGAUCUCUGAAACCCAGCAGCCCUGUCCCACCUGAAGGAGACAAUGCUGGCCCUUGGGCUGUCCUGGCUGUCUAUUAUUCUUGUGCCAGGGAUACACAGAGAUGAAAUGGGUGGAGAGGGUCAGACCUCUCAGAGCAUACCAAUUUCAGUUGGCACAGAAUAGCCUGAUAUUUCUUUCUAAACCAGGCCAAAUGGGCUGCCCUAAAUCCAGCCCUGACAGUUCUUCAGUGAGCAGCUGAGGUGACAGUAACUCAGCCACACUUUCAGUCAAUGAAUCUACUAUCAGUGUUGUCUAGAGUGCUAGAAGACAAUAAAUAUUCCAUACUUUUCUAUGCCCUUCAGAGUGCUGAAGACACGGGAUUAAAGUACAUAGCCAUUAAAAGAUAAAACUAUAGUUUGGACCAGCCAGUCUCUCUUUAACUUUCUCUAAAACUUCUCAUUAGAAAACAAGCCAUAAUCUGUAAUAAACAGGAAAAAAAAAAAAAAAAAAAAAAAA